AUACAAGAAUCCACAAUGGGCACCAUUAGAUUUAUACUUUUUUACAUGACAGUGGGCGUAGCAGUUGCUAUACCUGCCGAGGAGUGCCCAUCGACCAUCCCAGAAGCCAGCAGAGAAGACUGCUAUCCUGAAGGUGGGGCUUCCAAGGAAACGUGCAACUCUCGCGGCUGUCUGUGGUGCGAAACCACCUACCAGGGUCCUCCAUGGUGUUUCUUCGACCCCGACAUUGACCCCAGGGCGGGGUGUAACUCUCCCAUCAACGAGCUAGACAGAGUUGAUUGCUACCCUGAGCCAGGGUCGUCUGAGGGGUUAUGCUUGGGGAGAGGAUGUCUCUGGUGUGCAUCUCAAAUAAAUGGUGUACCAUAUUGUUUCUAUGACACGGCAAACACAACCACUACAGUCGCUACCACUACAACUGCUGGCUCAGGAACAACCACCACCGCGGCCAGUACCACCCCUGCCCCCGGGGACCAAUGUUUCAUCCCAGAGGCAAACAGACAAGAUUGUUACCCAGAAGCUGGAGCGUCCGAAUCUGGCUGUUAUUCGAGGGGUUGUCUUUGGUGCCCAACAGGAGAAGGAAGUACAACUCCAUGGUGUCACUUCAAUGAUACAUCAGGCACGCCACCACCUACAACUACUACCAUUGCCCCACCAGGUCAGAACUGCACUGUAGUAGGAGACCCAGCUCAGAGAAUUGACUGCAUGCCUGCCCCAGCGGACCAACAAGGAUGCAUAGAUAAAGGCUGCUAUUGGUGCGAGUACAGUGACCCAAAUAUAGAUGUCCCUUGGUGCUAUUUUGAUUCCUCGUCAUGGCCGCCUGCUAUUGAUGAAGAUGACAGAGUGGACUGUUCGCCUGGAGUAUUGGAUACUGACGCAUGUAUAGCAAGAGGAUGUCUCUUGGGACAGCGUGUGAAUCCGAACGCACCAGUGUGUUACUACGACUCUACAUGGGGAUACAGAAUUGUCGGGGCAGUUGAAUCUACAACGAAAGGUUAUAGAGUGAAUUUGGAAAAGAGUGACAAUGGUACAAUGUAUGGACAAACUAUUACAAAUGUCAUUGUAGAUGUUGAAUUUCAUACAACCUCCAGACUGAGAGUUAAGUUUUAUGAUGCUAACAAUGCCAGAUUUGAGGUGCCAUUGGACAUCGAUUCACCCUCUACUGCCGCAACGAAUACAUUGUACGAUGUCCAAUUCAGUGAUACCCCAGUGUUCUCAUUUAAAGUUAUAAGAAAGAACUCCGGUGAAAUGAUAUUCGAUACGUCUGUUGGAGGUUUCACAUUUGAAGACCAAUUCUUACAAAUAGCCACAUGGCUCCCUAGCAAGACUCUGUAUGGCUUCGGAGAGACUGAACAUCAUAGUUUCUUGCACGAAAAUGAUUGGAACAUCCAAGGAUAUUAUUCAAGAGAUCAACCCCCUGCUUACAAAGGCAACUUGUAUGGAGUCCAUCCGUUUUAUGAGGUAGUUGAAAAUGACUUCCAGACACACGGAGUUUUGAUACUGAACUCAAACGCACAAGAUGUUACUGUCACGCCAAAAUCGCUCAUUUUCCGGACCAUUGGUGGAGUUCUUGAUUUGUAUAUCUUCCUUGGGCCAUCACCUGAAAACGUUAUCCAGCAGUACACAACUGCUAUUGGGCUACCAUUCAUGCCACCCUAUUGGUCACUUGGUUUCCAAUUAUCACGCUAUGGUUAUGACAGCAUCACUACAAUGAGAGCAACUGUGGAUAGAAUUAAGGCUUACAAUAUACCACUAGAUGUCCAAUAUGGUGACAUUGAUUACUUUGACCGCCGUCUUGACUUCACUUAUGAUACAGUGAACUACGCUGGGAUGCCGGACUAUGUCAGACAACUGAAGGCAGAGGGCACUAAAUUCGUCACUAUUUUGGACCCAUGUAUAAGCAUAGGCGAACCUGCGGGGACAUAUCCUCCAUUUGAUAGGGGGCAGGUGCAAGGUGUAUGGGUGAACAAUUCGGAUGGUGUGACACCGGCAGAAGGAAGGGUCUGGCCCCCAGAUAACGUAUAUUUCCCUGAUUACACUAACCCAGCGACUGAGCCAUGGUGGACCCAGGAAUGUGUCGAUUUUCAUCAAACAAUUGAGUUUGACGGUAUAUGGAUUGACAUGAAUGAACCGGCAAACUUCAUGACAGGUGGGAUUGAAGGAUGUGUUACAAGCACAGUGAAUAACCCUCCCUACUUUCCCGCCAUUUGGGGAAAUGUCCUAGCUGACAAAUCAUUGUGUCCAGAUUUCCGUCAAUACGGUGGUUCCCAUUAUGACGUACACAGUUUGUAUGGAUGGAGUCAGUCCCCUCCUACGAUGAGGGCCGCUCGCACCAGUGCUAACAACAGAGGUUUUGUAGUGUCCAGGUCUACCUUCCCCGGUAGUGGUAAAUGGGCGGCUCAUUGGUUAGGAGAUAACUACAGUCAGUGGACCAACUUACACUACUCAAUCAUAGGCAUGUUGGAGUUCAAUCUCUUUGGCAUUCCUUAUAUCGGAGCUGAUAUAUGUGGGUUCAAUGGUGAUAGUACAGCAAGUCAGUGUCAACGUUGGAUGCAACUUGGCGCCUUCUAUACAUUCUCAAGGAAUCACAAUGGUAAAGGUUACAGGGAGCAGGAUCCAGGAGCCUGGGGUGACGAAGUCGCUAGAGUGAGUCGAGAGGCCCUUGCAAUACGAUACACCAUCCUUCCCUAUCUGUAUACCUUGUUCUAUAGAGUUCAUACACAGGGUGGAACCAUUAUUAGGCCAGUCAUGCACGAAUUCGUCCAAGAUAACAACACUCACAAUAUAGACAGGCAAUUCCUAUGGGGACCAGCUUUCCUCAUUACACCGGUCUUAGACCAGGACGCUGUUACUGUGAAUGCCUACUUCCCAGAUGCCAGAUGGUACAGUUAUUACGAUGGCGGUGAGAUAGCACAGUCGGAUAGAAAGAACAAUGUUCUCCUGAAUGCCCCUAUGGAUGUCAUUCCCCUGCACAUACGUGGAGGGUACAUCCUACCUACACAAGACCCAGCCACUACUACUAUGGCAAGUCGAACUAAUGCUAUGGGGUUGAUUGUCGCCUUGGAUGAUGCAAUGGCAGCGUCUGGUGAAUUAUUCUGGGAUGACGGAGAGACGCUUGAUACACAUGUCAGUGGCGACUAUUUCAUGGCUACGUAUGAAGCAUCCAUGAUCGGACAGUAUGAUGGUCUUUUAGUGGGUACGGUUAAUAACCAAGGGUAUAUUACGGGACUGACACUGGAUUCUAUAAGGAUAAUGGGUCUUGGACUUUCCACAGUUUCGGAAAUCAGAGUUAACAACUUUAAACACGAUUCCUGGACACAAUCUGGCAAUGGCGAGGUCACCAUUACUUUACUCAAUCUACCAUUAGAUUCCAACUUUGAUAUAACUUGGACUCAACUUUAACAUUCUACUUUGAACAGGCCCUUAGCCGGGGAAGAGGAUGAUGGGGGUUCAAGGGGUCUUUCUGUCGAAAUUGACCGAAAUGAGCCCAAUUUUCCAAUAGCAAAUUCGCUUUGUUUUGGAAAAUCUAUUUCAAAUUUUAAAAAGAGCUUGAAUUACUAUUUUCUAUUCAUACAACACCCCCUUUAAUUGGUAUUCCCCCAGAAAAUCCUGGAUACAGACCUGUUGAUGGUGAAAUGCAUGGUUAACUUUGUAGACGGAGAAGGUAGCAUUCUGCUUUACAUCACAAUGGACCACUCAAUACAAGAUUAUUUGUAAAAUAUGCAAUGAAUAAAUUAUAACAUUUACAA